AAAAAUGAGAAAGAAAUCAUCUGUAAAGAAUGUUUUGACUAAAUAAGGCAGUAUGGCUGAGCAUUCUGACGAUCCUCUAAGAUAUGGAGGACAAGGGAAGGUCGUGACUGCAGAUCAGGAGGGAAACGUUGGAUCUACAAAAACUCGCGAGAAAAAAAUCAUCCAAAAUAAAAGUGAUGAGGCUGAAACGAAGGAUUCAAAUCAUAGAGAUGGUAAUAAUAGACAUGAGAAAAGUACCCAAGAAAGUCGAGAGGAGACCAUAACUAGUUCUGCUCCUAAGAAACAUUUGCCAGAGAAAAACGAGUCCGUUGACAUUAAGCAGCCAAUAACGCACGAAGAAAACAAUCAAACAUCAGAAGCUAGUUAUCAUCAAAUUGAUGCCGAAAAAAGAACUGUAGCUGAACUCCACUGCACACCGCGAAGUUAUUCCUCUGUUGUUACAGCAAACAUUACUCAAGUACAACCUUCAACAAAACAGGUGGAUUUUUAUCUUCUGGUGCUUGGAAACUGUUGUUUUGACGAAGCAUAUGUUAAUUUUGAUUUUGGAGAAAGUUCACCUCUUCAAAAAGUUUUCAAUAUCGAUAAAUUGUGGAGAUGUACAAAUACGUUGCGUGCUGAUUUGAUAGGCAGUGUAAAAUACAAAUACGUUAUUCAUAGCAAGGGUCAUGACGUUAAUCUAUUUGGAAAUCGCAUUGGACUUCUUAGCAAGGACCCAUAUUUUUGUGAAGAACGUUCGAAUAGGCGGGUAACAUCGGAAGUACAGCUUGAUGUUUUUCAUUUCCCUGAUGAUAGAAAAUAUUGGCAUGAAACCUAUCCACAGUCAGUUGUUUUUUAUGUGCAGUGGAUGUUUAGAUCAGUUGUUAACUCAAAUUCUGAAUUUAUUAGCCAAAUAGAAAAAUUGAACUUUAGAUCUUUAACGCUCAAUGACGCCAAAUUUAUGGUUAAUUGGAUUAUAGAACAAGCUGCUGGCAAUUGUAUUUUACAUGCUCAGUACUGGUACCUUUGCAUUGUUCUGGGUCUUAUUAAAGAGAAUUCUGAGUACUUAAUCAUUCCGAGUGAUUACCAGACCGCUAAAGCAUGUGACAAUUUGCUAGAGUGUUUUAAGGUAUCUAGCAACCCAAAUCUUUAUUCAAAAUCGAAUCUAAAGAUUUUAAAAAAAGUAGCAAUUUUGUUGGUGAGCAAAAGUAACAGUCCUGGUUGGCUUACACUUGCAGCAUAUUUUUAUCCAUAUCUCGGAAUAAAAUUUUUGCUUGAUAAAGAACACGCUACUUGUCUCAACCACAGAUAUACAGGUGCAGGAGAAUACCAGAAAUGGGUUAAAUCCCUCUUUUCAAAUAUAAAAGAAGUGAAAACUAUUGAAGAUCAGAUUGCACAUCAAAGAUUGCUGCAUUUGGUUCUGAAAAGCGCUCCAAUUUUGGAAGAUGCGUUAGAUGUAUUUCAUGCUCCUUGUGUUCGUGUAUUCUUUGCAAGGGACGAUGAAAUGGGGGAAUUCUUGGUCCAGUUUUACCGAGAUAGGCAGCAAAGCUCUAGCAUGCAUAAAGAAACUGGUAAAAAGUUGGUUGAAUUUUUUAAAAUUCUAAAGAUGUUCCAUCUUAAUAUGAACAAAUUCAUGUAUCCAAUGUUGCUUGAAUGCGCAACAUCAGAUGAUAAGUUAGAUGAAAGACACGUGAAAAUAUUUGUCGAAUGUAUCUCGGAUAACGUUCUGGCCAUAGAUCGAAUCUUUGGGUUACUUAUGAAGCUAUCUAAGUCAAAUUCAGUUUCUCGUCAUAUUGUGAUGCUUGAAAUUCUAGAAGACAAACGUUUUGAGAAGAAUUGGCAUGAAAUGGGACUUUCAAAGAAAGUUGAAAUAUGUAAUUCUUGGGUCGUAACAAAAGUAGCAAACACGAUGUUUGAAAGAAGAGUCAACAGUUCAGAAAAAAUUGAAUUAGUUUUUGAAGAAAUCAAUGCCAUUAUGCAAUGCUCCUUAAAUAGCACAAAUGUACCUCUCGUUGAAGAGGUCUUCACUUCUGUUCUGGAAAGAAUUUUAAAAAAUGAAGAACCCAUUUUGUUUCUAAAAGCUUUUGCCAGUUUAGAGAAAUGUAUACCUGAUGUUCAGAAGUGCUACAAAUCCUGUAUAAGAGAAAUAUUGAAACAGACGCCAGUGGUGGUAAAGAGAUCAAGCAAGUUUCUAGGUCAAUUCUCAAAUAGCAGUCUAGGGAAGGAACUAUUAGUGUGUAUCCUGGACAUUAUAGAUGGACCUGUAGUUACCAAAGACAACAUUAUUUGUGAAAAAAGUCUCACGAAGAUUCUUGAGUGGUGCGAUGUUUGGAUUAUUUUACUUAAAACGCAAGGAACAAUUGAAAAAUAUGAAAAAUAUCAAGCUGUGGUAAAAGUUAUUGAGGAGCUAGAAAGGUGCAUUAAAGAAAGCAACGUAUCCUUAAGUUUGUUGACGAUGGUGAACAAAGAAAAGAUAAAGGUUUCUUCCUUAUGCGCAAAUGUGAUAAGUAAGACCGUGCCAAAAAGUGACGUGGCAAAUAUUGAAGAGCAAGUUUUAACUCAAAUCUCAAAAUUAGUUCAUGUUGAGGAAGAUUGUGUCUCAAAGAUUCAGUUGCUGGAGUCAGCAAUCAAUUACGGGAAAAAAAUAUCAAGUGAUAUUUAUCCUGUUCAUGGUAUCAACACGAUCAUCGAGUCAUUCAAUGAUCUAAAAGAUACAUGGAAAAGAAGAAGAGUAUGUGAAUUGAAGAGUGAUGAGUUUUGGGGAACAUUAUUUCCUUUUUUAAACCCUGCUGAAGCACUGAAACCUUUAAUAAAUUCACUUUCCUUUACGAACUUGGCUAGAAAAAGCUUGAAAGACUUAAGUAAUUCGGAUACCGAUGAACAUGGGAAAUUUGAAGAUGAAGGAACAAGCAAUAAAGCCGUAAGCGAUUUUUAUUCAUUGAUGACGUUCCUUACGACCAAAGUAAUUGAGGAACUUCAGGCCCAAUGGAAUCCAGUGUUGAAGGACCCAAGUUUAUUAAGUCUGCCGACAAUGAAAACCAUACUUGGUAAUUUAAAGGAUCAAGAUAAGCUUGUAGGAGAGCUUGAAUUGCUAGAAAGUUAUUUUCGGCGAAAAUUUUCACCUUUGGUUAGAAUUUACAUCCAAGACUAUGUGAAGUAUCCCAAAGUCUUAAAAAAAGUACGACAAGUCAUUGGCAUAUUCAAAAUCUUUGGGUUCGCAGAUGCUUCAAAUGAAACAAUCUCGACACUUGUUCAAUUUGAGACAACUUUGGAGAACAGUAGUGAGCUAACGCUUGAAUCUUUGCACCAUUUAAUGAAAGAAGUAACGGAAAUACUGGCGUCUUUCUCUGGAGAAUACCUGGAUUGUGUGAUUGAGGAGCUGUCAAGAUCUAGUGAAUUGCUUGCCUUUAUAGAAGAAAUCGUUGACGAAGAUAUUCGCUUUCUUAUUGAUGCCGUUGAAGAACAUUCAGACCAGUAUGUAUCCGAGUCAUCAGUGUCAGAUCUAAUUGACAUUCAUGGAUUUCUAGCACCUUUGGUUAUAAAGAAAAAGCAACAGAAAUGUAAUCCUCAUGUUUUUCUAAACAUGCUAAAAGACUCUUGCCUGGACCAUAAAGAUAUAGCCAUAAAGCUUAAACAGUGCAGUACAAACGUCAACAGUCUUCGUGGAUUGUAUAUGAGUAUUGCAAAUCGUGGGGAAAUAACCAAAGAAAUCAUAAAUAAUUGCCUCAACAGUGGAGAAUAUUGGAUUUCGCAAAAAAAUGGAGCAAUGAUGAGUUACGAGGUUCAGGGAAGUGGUGGGGAGAAAAGGUGCAAUUACUCACUGGAGGAUCUACAUGAUUUACGAAGCCGUGCGCAUCUUAUAAUUAGUUCUCACAAAAAUGCCAUCAAGCAUUUAUCAAGCCAUUCUAAUGAAAGCAGCGAGGAUAUCGAUUUUGAAAAAUUUAUUAAUCAAGUCAAUCUCCUCACAGAAAUUUCUACUCUUCUGUCGAAGUUGCUUUCAUCUGGUUACGUUAAGUACCGAAAUUUCUGGAAGAAGAUAAAAACGACUGAUGAUCUCCAAAAUGACAGAGAUAUUUUGCUACAUGACUUACAAAACUGGGAAAAUAUGUUGAAAGAAGCUCGUGAAAAGUUUUACUUUCUUAACUACUACCGUUCCGAUCAAUUGGGCACACUUUAUGAUUUCUUGAUGAAUGAUACCGAUAAUAAUUGUGAUGAAGCUCUUUCCUUAAUUCACUUUGUAGACCAAUUCAUUACUAGACAAGAACUAGAUACAUAUCGACAAUCACAAAAGAAAAAAUUACGAUCAAAUAAAAGUCCCGAGUUACUGUUACUGACUGUUGGCGAAGCUUUAGAAAACAUCUUCAGUAACUCACAACGCGUCGUCCGACUGGUGCCAAAUGAAGAUGAAAAUCAAUCAUAUGUUAAAUUAGAUGCGAUAGUUACUCCAGGCGAAAUUUUUGUUGCUAGUUUAGAACCAGAAAGCCCAUUAACGACUAACGUAAUUCUCACACUCUACGAGAAUACCUCAAAAGCUUUUCCAGAACCGUAUCAAAUUAUAUUUUGCAGCUCUCAAACGACGUGGGAGGACCUUUACCUUUUACUCCAACGAUGUUUUGCACAGUCCAAAAAUCUUCAUUGCAAAAGCUUGUUUUGUAUUGCUAAUGUCGAAUUGCUGCCCAAUGAAUUACAAUUUGAACUGGUUAUUGCAAUUAAAGAAAAGCAAAAAUCAUACGAAACCUUGGAAAAUAUCAAUGUAACUGCAAAAUACCAACUUGCUUUGAUUUGCCGUGGUGGCGACCACCACCACAUCGUCGAACAGUUUUCCCAGUAUUCACACCACAUUUCUGGUAUGAGUGAUCUUGGUCUUGCAAAUCGUCUAAGAUCUAGCUGGCCCGAAGUCAGAAUGAUAACUUCCACCCUUCCUGGUCUUGGUAAAACAGAAUGGAUCAAACGUGAGGUACUGAAUAAGAAAAUGAAUGUCGUCACUUUCUCAAUUAGCGGCCUAUUUGAGCCAGAAAAAAUUAUGCAACGUUUGAAAAAGCUUAAACUUAAGAAGUAUCAUUGUUUACACCUGGACAUUGGCGAGGUAAGCAAUCCAUUAUCGUUGGAUACAUUCUUAUUCCAACUUAUUGUGAUAGGAAUGGUUUCAGGUGGUAAUCAGUUUUAUCAUCUACCAACAACGCACAUUUACAUUGAAAUAGCAAAUUCGCUGAAAGAUUGGCUGCGAGAGUCAUUUGUUGUGUCAAAAUUUUUCACUCGCAUAGAUCUUGAGUGGCAAAAUUACAAGAAUCUUUUGGUAAGCGCAGAAAUUACGAGCAAUGUGCAAGUUGUGUGCCAGUAUUUACAUCUCUUUGAUCAAGCUCGUAUUGAAUCAAGGGAAGUUAAUUUCAGUGGACCGAAAAAAGUGAAGCCGUUACCGGCACAUCGUUGCCAAGAGCUUCUAGCCACGUACUUUUCAUCAGAUGCCGAUAUCACUUUUACAACCCUCCACACUUUUCUAAAAGUUCUAGCUGAUCAACUAAUAAAGUUUUCAAACAGCGCAUUUUUCAAAAUUGGAAAUCUUAAAUCUAUGAUGGAUGAUGAAGCUCAAGGUGUUCGCACUACUCUUUUUGAUGCCCUCUUAAAUGUAACAAAGGAAAUUGCAUCUCGUGCUUUAACAACUUCUCGUUCAAGUGAGAUACGGAAUCUUUCUGAAGAUGAGUCUGCAAAGGCUUUUGAUUUGGCAGUGACUUCUCCUGCUAAAACUGCUAAAGAUAUGGUAGAACGGGUAAAAGGUAUGAUACAAUGGGAAGAUAGCAAUCACUUGUUAGUCGUGUUUCAUGGUCUCACCUCUCAAGCAAUAACUGCAGUUUAUCGUGACAAAAAUGGUGUUCCUUUAAACGAAAAGUUGCUAAUUAGUCAAGAUAUAAAAGGAAACAAAGAGCUUGAGGACUUCAAGUCUUUCACGCAACAGCAACUGCAGGAAAAGUUAGAAAAGAUAGCUUGCAUGAAAAUGUUAGAGCAAAAUAAUUUAUUUCCUGGUUACGUUCUGACUCCAGAUAACGUCCUUAAGAUGAUAUUGAUUGUACUACGAGUUCGUGCAAAUGUUCCAGUUAUUAUUAUGGGAGAAACUGGCUGUGGUAAAACUAGCCUUGUUCGCUAUUUGGCAAGAACAUGUGGAGUGAACUUUUAUGUGUUUAACUUUCAUGCUGGAAUAUCAGAAGAAGAUAUUGUUGAGUUCAUCGAAGAGAAAGAAAACUUUGCAAAGGAUAACAAUCAAAUGUGGAUUUUCCUUGAUGAAAUAAACACUUGUGAUCACUUAGGUUUAAUCAGCGACAUUAUGUGUCAUCAUACAUUGCGUGGCCAACCACUAUCAAGAGGUCUUGUCUUCCUUGCAGCUUGUAACCCAUACAAGUUGCGUCCUAUAGAACACAUCACAACAGCUGGCUUGGAAGGCAAGAAUGUCACUGAUGAAUAUUCUGGUCUUGUGUAUCGCGUCCACCCUUUACCUGAAGCUAUGAUUGACUAUGUUUGGGAUUAUGGUUCUCUUACACCCAAUGAUGAACGAGAUUAUAUUCAGAGAAUGGUAAGACACCUACCAAAAGAAAUGGAAAAUGUUCUUCUUCAUUUGCUGUCUGAAUCACAGAGAUUUAUUCGAGAAGCUGAAAAAAAUCCAUAUUGCGUCAGUCUUCGUGACGUGCAUCGUUGCAUUUGCCUGAUCAGCUGGUUUGAGAAAAUGUCAAAAAAACGCAAAAACUAGAUCAUACUAAAGACGAUAUUCGAUCACCUUCGACUUUACCAUAUGCUUUCAUCAUCGCAUAAUGAGAUGACUAGGAGUAUUGUUCUUGCUCUUGCGCAUUGUUAUCUAUCUAGACUACCGACUGCUGAACUAAGACAGAAGUAUCGAAAAAACAUGAUGGAUUUGUUUUGCGGUAACGGGAUUGCAAUGUCAUACAGAAAAAUCAGACGUUUUUCCGCAAUUAUACGCAUGGAAGAAGAAGAUUAUUUAGAUAGGAUGGAACUUCCUCCAGGAACAGCAAGAAAUGCUGCUUUGCGAGAGAAUGUUUUUGUUAUGUUGGUGUGCAUACUAAAUCGCAUCCCUAUAUUUGUAGUUGGAAAACCUGGUUGCAGCAAAUCUUUGUCGAUUCAAUUGAUUAGAAGCAAUUUACGUGGACGCGACUCACGAGAUCUUCUGUUUAGAGAGUUGCCACAACUUUACGUUGUCUCCUAUCAAGGUUCAGAAUCAUCCACUUCAGAAGGAAUCAUCAAAGUGUUUGAAAAAGCUAGAAAAUAUCAAUCACACAACAAAGAUGGGAAUGUCUUGCCUGUUGUUUUACUGGAUGAAGUUGGAUUGGCGGAAAAUUCCAAAUACAACCCUCUAAAAGUUUUACACAGUCUACUAGAGCCCGGAGACGGAAAAUUACCUGAUGUUGCAGUUGUAGGUAUUUCAAAUUGGUCAUUGGAUGCCGCUAAGAUGAACAGAGCAAUUCAUUUGUCCAGACCAGAACCAACAAAAGAAGAUUUAUAUGAGACUGGGGAAUCCCUUCAUCAUGCUGAGAGUAGUGAUUACAGCCAAAGUCUGGGAAAAGAAGAACUGCAGUGUUUGGCUGAAUCAUAUUUCGAAUAUCAAGCUCAACAAAAACAUGCCAAUUUUCAUGGUCUUCGCGAUUACUACUCAUUAAUUAAGAGCUUAGCUGGUUGUAAUAGCUUUCACCAAGUUAACAUAUCAUUACAGCGUAAUUUUGGUGGACUUCAAGGUGAACUAACUAAUAUCCAAAAAAUAUUUCUGGACAAAUUAAAAAAGCACAUGACAUCAAGUGAUCAAAAAAUUAUUUCUGUCACACAAUUAAUACAAGCGAAUCUUAACGAUCCACAUGCUCGUCACCUGAUGCUCAUAACCAGUAAAGAUUCUGCCUUAGGUAUUCUAAAGCAAAGUCUGGACACAACAAAGAAGGAAAUUAUCACGAUUUAUGGCAGUCGUUUUGAAGAAGAUUUAUCAGAAGAAUACAACUAUAGGAUCUUAAGUCGCAUCAUUCUUUGCAUGGAGCGGGAUUGUAUCUUGAUAUUGAGAGACUUAGAAAGCAUUUAUGGAAGUCUAUACGAUAUGCUAAAUCAGAAUUACGCCAUUGUUGGGAACAGAAAAAACUGUCGUGUUGCUCUUGGAGCAUAUAGCAACCCUAUGUGUCAAGUAAAUGAUGGAUUUCGAUGUAUUGUUCUCAUUGAUCAAUAUAAAGUCGACUUUUCCGAUCCACCUUUCCUAAAUAGGUUUGAAAAACAACUUUUGCGCUUUCAAGACGUCCUAACUGAAGACCAGCAGAAUUUGAUCUACGAGCUUAGAUGUUGGGUUAAAGGAAUAUCCACUAUACAAGGUUUAGAGCCACACUUUAGUGAAUCCGAUAUGUUUAUUGGUUUUCAUGAUGACUCACUUCCAUCUCUGGUCUUAUUACACAGCAAAAACACAGAUAACUUAGGAAAAUCUGAAGAAAUAUUGAAAAAGUGCAAAGAUGAUUUGAUGUGGGUGGCUUCACCUGAUGGUGUACUUCGCAUGCAGAAGUGCGUUCUUUUAAAAGAGGAUUCUCUUGAAGUACAAAAAAUCAGUGAUGAAUAUUUCGCAAAGCCUGUUCACCAAGGUUUUGCUGCGUUUAUGGAAUACGUUGCAAACUCAUCUGUCUUUAUUGAUGACAAUAUUGGCUCUAAAACUGUGGUCAUGACAUUUUCCAAUAUUCAUACAGACAUUUGUCAAUGUUUGGGAAACAGUUUAAGAAGUCAGGUCGAACGACUGAGUGCAUAUAAGUCCGAAAAACAGCUGGCUGAGAGAAUUGACAAAUUCUGGAAUGCGCCUGAUAAGGAGUUGUUAGUUUUACAAAGUAAACCAGAAUUGGACGGCACACAUUUACUUCUCGCCCGUUCUAUCAUUGAAGAAAAGCGAAACACAUACAAGCAAUGUUUGUCUGAGUUAGAUGUGCAAAGCUAUAAGCAUGUUUGCAUCGUAGUGCACGUGCAACGUGGAGAAGCUGAAGAGAGUGUUCCAUGGCAGUUUAGUUUUCUUUGUGGUUGGAGACAAGUAUUCCUUGACAUCCUGGAGGUCCCUCCUGUUCCAUUAAGUGAAAUACGUGGAUUAAGUGUUCAGAGCCUUCUCACAUCAUCUAUUUGGCCUAUUAGCAGGAUAGCACAAAAUGAUCUAUUAUGGUGCUUUACUUGCAUUAAAUAUACUGGUAACCAACGUCCUCUGGAGAUUGUUUUGCACAUUGCAAGAAAUCUUUUCAAAUCUGAAGCUGUUUCGCAAGUUAUUGAAAAUUUCAUAUUAAAAUCAAUUGACGGGAAUUCUCUGGAACAUAAUGAAGAUAUUUUCUUAAAAGAAAGUUGGCAAGUAAGAGUGGCUUGUGAUCGUCAGUCGUUAGUUAAUUCAUCCACGCUUUACUGUGCAAUGGAGCAGUUUGUUUCUCGGUUAGUUCGAAAUCCGUUAGCGAAAAUCGUUUACUUCCUUGAAAAAGAGAAUGCUUGGCCACCUCAUCUUAAUGAGGAAUAUGAUGGGACUUUGAUGUCCAUGUUAGAAGAUCUGUGGUGUAAAUUUAUCAAUAAUAACGAAAUUUUUAGAAUAACAGAAAUUCCAGAACCCCUUGGAGCUGAAUCGUAUGUUCUUGAGAGCACAAGCCUUGAUCUUAUCCUGCCUUUUAGCCAAGUGGUAAUCAAAAAAGUUAACAACGUUAAAGAGGUAUUCAUGGAAGACUAUGCCCAACUAGAAGAAAAUGAAGAUAAUUAUGACGAAAAUGGUCAAUUAAAACAACUUGUUCGGCAAGAUCAACUGGAAAGAUUUUCUAAAAUGAUUAUGAAUCUAGUAACUGACCUUCAUUAUUUUACCCCUGCUUGUCACGAAUUAUACAUGAAAGAUCUGUUUGAUAUAAUUACUGCCGACUUUAGUCAAGCCGUAUGUCGUUCUCAGCGUGUGUUGAUACUAAAAGCAAUGUUUGUUUCACAAUUCAAGCAAAAUUUGCCAUUGAAAAAUAUGCCUGAAUUCUUCACAAUGAUUCACAUCUUUGCAUGGGCUCAUCGAGAACAAAUACUUGAUUUGUUAAAGAUGGUUGAUUGCUCUCGGCCGUUUAUUGGACUAAACGCUAUUUCAGGUUUCACAGAACUGUUCGGCAGCAUAGAUAUCCUAAAUACUGAAGUGAUAAAUUCUAUAGAGCAACAUGAGCUUCACAAACUAAAUGAUGUGAUUGAGUAUCAGAAUGAAACUCGCGUUACAGAAGAUCAAUACGCGAAUGAUGAUGUAACAGAAAAAAACAAUGCAUCAAAUGCUGAUGCUGAAUCCUGUAAAGAUGAAAUUGGUCAGAGCACAGAAGAUUCAGUGGAAGAAAAAAAAGAUCUUCAUGAAAACGCAGAACAAUUUGGUGACACUUUAGUAACAAUGUUCUGUUGGAAAAUGUUUCCUUCCAAAGAAACUGUAGAAAGGAAUGGCGGCCUUGAGCCGUGGACACGAAAUGCCAACUUGCUUCUUUCAUUGGCGGUCAAAAUUAGUGAGCAUUCGUCAGCACUUCAUUUCCUCCGUUUAUGUGUUGAUUUCUCAAGAAUGAUCUUGCUACCUCCAACACCUUUACCAAAAAGUUUGCCUGCUUUGUAUAUUUUCAACGAAAUCGGUAUUGCUCUUGCUCCAGAAUACUUGGAUCACCCAAACUCGUUUAAAAUGAUAACCGAUCAACUAAUUAGUCCAUUAGAAGAAGAAAUAAAAUAUCAUACUGAUAAAGAGGAUGCUUUACUGAAAUUUUCAGCUUUGUUUUACGGCCGUUGUAUUGACACGAACGUUGACACAAGUUGUUCUCGAUUUAUCGUUGAGCAAGUUCUGUCAUUGGAACGAUCAGAGCUGGUGAUUAUAAUGAGCCCUGUUUUGUUACGGCUACUGAUGGUAGAAGAAAUGGAGUCACCUGGAAUAUUUAUGAAAGUAGUCACCGAUGAAACUGCCAUAGAAAACUGUCCUUGUCUUCAAACUAUUGAUGAAGUAUUCAAAGAUCGCUUUUCGCAUGAUUUGAUGCAUCAUGAUUCGUAUGCUUCUGUGAUGAUUUGUGAUCUUAUUCAAUGCUUACUGAAGUUUGAAAGUCAUUUUACAGUAGAAGACAUUAAUAGUUCUGAUUGUGAAGUGCUUAUGCUUGCUAAAUCUGCCUCCGAAUUGAUAUCCCAAGGCAACCGGAAGGAGUGUGGUUUAAGAAUACUAUCAGCUGUUGCAGUACUUCGGGGAUUCUUCACAAUUUUAGCAAAAUUAAUUGUUAACACUAGCGCUUUAAAAGAAGACAGUCCAUAUGUUCUUUUGAUGUAUGAAGUCAACUCAUUGCUUAAAUGUCAGAAAUCAUCAAUACAAUUUUUUUUCAUGAAACAACUUCGUGAACAUGUAAGUCUUUUUGAUCUGCAAAAGUUUUUUAAGGAAAGUAAAGUCCUUUCAGCGUUGCAGCAACCAUGGUGUGACGAAAAUAUUCAGGAGAAAGCAGUGUUUCCGAUUCCGCUGAAAAGCCCCGAAUAUGCAGAAGCUAAGGCUGCCUAUUUUAAGUUGAGUUCAGGUAACAGCUCAUCUAUGGAAGAAUAUAUGAUCAAAUGUAAAAAUUCUCCAAAUCAUGCAUUUUCUCUUUUUAUAAUUCUUACAAACAUGAUAUAUUUGAAACGGGCUGUGCGAAAACUCACUGAUAAAGAAGAAAAAAUGGCCGAUUGGUUUGCUAAAGAGGUUGCUUUUUUCCCUAAAAUGCUCCAAGAACUGUUUAUGAGAGUUAUUGGACGUCACGAUUUCCACUGUGCACAACUCCAACUAUCACCCGAGUCGUCAGUUGAAGAAGUAGAAAUGGCGUUGUUAGUUUUGCAUAUUGCCAGUAUCGUUGGCACAGGUGCAUCAGAUGAAAAAUCGCCAUUUUAUAUGUGUGUCACAAAUCCUUCCCAGCUUCAACAAGUUUGUAUUCCUUCUCACGAUGAAGAAGCAAAGUUACUUUGCGCCUUCGAAUUUUUACCAUUUGUCAAAGAUUCCGUCCAUUUUACAUGUGUAUGUGGUUUUAGAUUGUCAAUUAAAGACGAUAUUAGUGAGUGCCCAUGUUGUCACGAAGUUUUGCGUAAAGAAACAGUGAGCUUCCCAUCUUUCGAAACGUUUGCCGUACCAUCACACUCCAGUUUUUGUGACUCAAGUUUUCUUUGCACAACUAACUUGAAUCCAGCCGUUUAUCGUGCUUUGCAUCUCAUCGUUUACUCAUCCUUUUAUGCUGGCCUUGCUAUUGGUAGUUUCUCGGAAGAAAGCCUUUCAACGUCACUCAAUUCUUUGCAUGGUUUUCAUUUUGACAGCAAUAGUUCUAACCCAGAGAGUUUUUGUUUUGAAAAUAUUCAAGAUGAUCUGUCACAUCUAAUGAAAAUCCUUUGCUGCAAAAAAGAUUUUGCCAUAAAAACCAUGCAUCUUGUAGUUGAGAAAACUUCGAAUCUGAUCAGAAAUAACUUACAAGGAGUAAAAGAUUUUACCAAGUUAGAGAUUCGUCGGGAAUGGGAAGAAACGUUUUCACAGUUAACGGAGGACGUGUUUUUGAAAUCGCGUGGGAUGUCAAAGGAACUAAUGGAAAUUCUAAAGCCUCUGCACUCCAAAGACAGUGAAAACAUUACACUGAAUUGCAGCAUCUUGGAACUUGACAAUUAUCCAAAAGAACCAGAAGAACAAAGACAGGAUAUGAAGAGAUUGUUUCGGGUGACGAAGCAACCAAGUUUGGAAGAUUUCCGUUCAGCAUUCCUUUUUUCUCCAAAAGAUGUUCAAGAAAAACACUGUUUCUUGAACUUGUUCUUUGCAACGUUUAACCAACUCCAGAUUAUUCCCAAUCUCUACCAUUUACUGAAAUGGUCUCGUUUACUAUCGUCAUCAUUAACACAUCGCAUUAGUCGAAAAGAUGCAGAAACUAAGUCUAUCAAUGAUUUUAUCUGUGGACAUCUUCUGGAACUGAAAAGAACUCCGCAAGAAACAGAAAGUUUAAAGAUUUUGUUCAACAAAUUUAUAGAAGCAUGGAAUAAAAUGCGCCCCUUGGUAAAUCAAAAGCUUUUGAUUAAACAAGAGAAGAUGCCGCGCCUUGUACAGAAUGACUCUGUUGCAUACUGUUUACUAGAAAGUCAAUAUGGUGUUUACCUUAAAACAGCCAUAGAAAUUCUAGUCUCUUACCAAAACUUAAUUUUAGAUGCAAUGAUUUCCCUUUCAUCUUCCUACAGUCAUCCAGCUUUAAGCUUUCUUGAAAAAGAGAAAUGCAGUGGUGUCAUGUCAAUCUCAGUUCAAAAUGCUAAACAAAAAGAUAUAAUCAGUUACCAAUGGUCUGAUGAACUAUUCAAAUAUGGACAGAGCAAUCUUGAGUAUGGCAGAGGGCGAGAAGUCAAGUACGAUUUUCAACGGAUAGAAAUUUGGCUGGCAACAAAAAUCGCUUGAAAGUGUUAUCUGACUGGGACGCUUAACAAAAUCAUAUUUGCAAAAGAACUGUUCCAUUUCUGCGGUCCUUUAUUGACAGAGAUUCGAUUGCUAGUGAGACAGACCCCAACUUUGCCCAUUGAGAUACAGAAAGGUUUGUCAAACUUGAAAGAACGAAGAAUAAAAGAUAGCCAACAUCUUUUACAGCAUGUCGAAGUUCUUAUAUUCCUUAUCAAACGAAAGUUAAAGAAUUUUGACGUUGAAAUGACUUUGGAAGAGCUUGCUGAAAAGUGGUCAAAGAUGUUGCCAAGCCCUUUCCCACUAAAUCUGUUACCUGAUCCUAAAAGUUCGAUCAAGAUAAAACAUGUUGCUGCACUUUAUGAAGCUCUUGAAGAUAUGCUUGCAGAUGGUGCCAUUGAUGGACUUGCGGACAGAUUUCGACAAGAGUUGCCAAAAAACGUGAAAGAAAUCGUCAGUAGUGUGACGAAGACAGAAAUUGAGCAGUUGAAGCCACAGAACUUUAUAAAAGCACUUCGUCGUUUCAUAUUCCGCUACCUUUCAUCAGACACCAAGAAAUACUGGCCUGAAGAAGACAAAGCGUUACGGUCGUGUUUAGAAGAACCAUCACUGUGGUCUCCACUUUCACCUCCAAAACAGGAUGCGAUUUCAAAAGAAAUUACACUCAACUGCAUCUACUCCCUCUUAAAAUAUCUUGAAGAAAUACAAAAGGAGAAAAGGACAAGUCAAGAAAAUUUCCAAACUUAUUGUGUCAGCCUCAAAUAAUUAAACAAACUGGUAAAACUGGUCGACGAAGAAUUCAAAAUUUUAAUUAACGCCAUUUUUAUGACAGAACAUAAAAUUAAAUAAUUCGUAUAUUGCUUUGUCUAUUGUUAUGUAUGAUAAAUAGAUUACAAUUGAUUUUCCCUAUUGCUUGUAGUUUUUAAUUAGAACUAAAGUUUUGUAUCUGAAAUCAUAAUCUUAAAUGAUAAUUUAAAUUUUCGAAA